GAUAAGAUAAGCUUAUCGAUAAGCCCCAGCCCACUCAAAUAACCAUCACAUGACCAUUCUCUCUCCCCUACGCAACAUGGUUCAUUCAAACAAAAACAUUCCACCAACUCUUCCCCACAGCGCCAAUACGCUCUCCCCCCCUCAACCCUUUAUCUCCUCCUCCAAUCGCAUCUGCUGCCACCCAUAUAUCCACCUCUAAUAAUCAGAAAGAAGAACACCAAGUAAAUUAACCGAGCAAGGGUUAAAAAAAAAAAGAAGAACAAUGCCACCACCGCUCGCGAAACCCAAAUUCAACCCAAAUCCUCAACCCCGCGCCCGCUUCUUCGAUGUCUUCAACUCCGCUUCUACGGGCCACCAGGUGGCCGAUGGGGGCUCCCGCGGCCGAGAAUGGCGGAUCACCCGGCGGGAGAAAUUGGCGCGACAGUUUGGCUCGAAGGAUGGGGAUUGCACUUCGUCUGGAUCUUUGCUGUCGGCUGGGAAGCCCGGGGAGGAGGGAACGGAGGAAAGGGGAGAGUGGGUGUUUGCUCGUCCGGAGUCCGUUUGCUCGGGGGACAACAAUCACAACAACAAUAACAGCCACUCACAAUUGUGCUCGCAUGGGUCGUCCAGGCGAGCGCCCCCGAUGCUGCAUGGUCGGUCUAGGUCGUCGUUGACGUCGACUCCCGCCGGUCAGUUGGAUAUACGGAAUAUGCUUGGUGGACAGGUUCGGAAACGUGGAUACCCUGCUAUUGAUAGGAGUGGUGGUGAUUAUGAUGAUUUGGAGUGGGCUGGUAUAAAGAAAGUGAAGGCACACACGGGGUACAGCCACUCUGUUAGGGCUACAGAUACUGCUGCUACCGCCUUACCAUCACCAUCAGCAGUAGCAACAGCAGUGAGAUUGGACGAUUCGAGGGAACGCGACACGGUUGGACGGGUGUCUACAGCCACUUCCUCCACGUCUCGACCUACACCACCUCCUACUACCUCCUUCCUGUCCACGACCACAACCACAACUACAGACCCAGGUCCAGCUCCUUCUACUACAUCCAGAACAUUCUCACCACCCCCUUCCACGGCAACAGCCGCGGCCCCAGAAUCAAAGUCACCAUUCCUGCAAGCCGAACCCACCAACAAGAAGAUAUUCGCCUCUCUCACCAUCCACAUCAACGGCCAGACAACACCCCUGAUAUCUGACCAUACUCUCAAACGUCUUCUGGUCACGCAAGGAGCAACCCUCAGUCUCUCCCUCUCUCGCAAGAUUACUCAUGUCAUCAUCGGCGUUCCCAAUGCGGGACCGGGGAACGGCGGCGCCGGGGGUGGGCUCGCAGCUACAAAGAUCCAGAAGGAGAUUCAACGCGGAGGGUGGAAGGGGAUCAAGGUUGUGGGGCUUCAAUGGGUUCUGGAUAGCAUUAAAGCUGGGAAACGGCUGUCGGAAGGGAGGUAUGCGGUUCAAUUGGGAGGAAGGCAGAGGAGUGUGCUCGGAUUCUGCUCCUCAUCGUCGUCGGCAGUGACACCACCCUCUACGGUCGGCUUAUGAUGCGCAAACAUACAGGCUCGUCUGGCCAAAGACAUUUUCAUCGUCAACAAGCUUCUCACCACUUCGUAACAAAAGAUACCCCACCCGACAGCCUUUGAUGAAGUCCUAUAUAUACAUACGGCAUUACUU